GUUUUUCUUCCUCUCAACAACGCCACUCAUUCGUCUCAUUGCCAUCAAAUUCCGCUUUCUACAACGCUAGCAACCAUAUCCGUCCACGGCCUCUACCCCGUUCUUCUUGUUUAGUUUGUCAUUCUACGCGGAUCAUCAUUCUCUUGCAUCAUGUCAUUGCCUCCCACUCGUGCCACUCUCCCCAUGCCCGCCGCCGGACUCCUCAAUCCAACCCCCGGACAAAGCAAACCACGACGCAUCAAGUAGCUACUCGAGCUUGAUCCAGACCCAUUUGCCAUAUCCCAUGUUUGGUGGACACAUUACACGACGGAAUCACCACCCCGUCUCCAGCUUUUCCCACACACAUCUCUCCACGUCCAAAGUCUAAUCGUCUCCUCCCCCCAUCCUCAGGAGACUUUGCCUCAAUAUCUUGCAUUGGCAUCUACUUGAUUGAGGAUAUAACAUCUGGACUGACUUCCAUCAUUUGUCUCUUCAUCUCUCAACAUAAGUCAGUCUAUCGAGGUCGCAAUUACAGACACGACCAAAUCUCAACCUGAAAUGGCUGGCGUAGAGGACAAACGAAUCGACAUGGCUCAUUCAGAGGAUGUCGAAUCCGCCCGGUAUUCCAAAGAUGAAAUCCGUCGAGCUUCCUUCAAGCAUGGCGACAGGGCUCUUGCUUUUGUUGGGGAGUCUCGUGUCGAGGUCACAGCGGAAGAUGACAAAAGAAUUCGCCGCAAGACCGAUAAGGUCAUCCUCGUCAUAUUGAUUUGGGUCUACUUCCUUCAAAUCCUCGACAAGAGCGUGCUAGGAUAUGGCGCCCUCUUUGGUCUUCAAGAAGACACCAACCUCACAGGAGACCAGUACUCUCUAGUCGGAUCCAUCGCACCCAUUGCCCAGCUGGCCUGGCAGCCAUUCUCAUCCUUCCUUAUCGUCAAAGUCCCCCACCGAAUCCUCAUGCCAUCACUCGUUCUAGGAUGGGGUAUCGCUCAAGCCGCCAUGGCCGCAUGCCACAACUACGGUGGUCUUCUCGCCGCUCGAUUCUUCCUCGGUCUUUUCGAAGCCGGCUGUCUCCCCUUAUUUUCCGUCAUCACAUCUCAAUGGUAUCGUCGCGCCGAACAACCCAUCCGCGUCGCCGCAUGGUACGGUACCAACGGCCUCGCCACCAUCAUCGCAUCCGCCCUAUCCUACGGUCUCGGACACAUCAAAUCCGAUGUCCUAGCCGAAUGGCAAAUCAUCUUUCUUUUCGUCGGCCUAGUCACCAUCGUAUCCGCCCCCGUUGUGUACUGGUUCCUCGACAACGACAUCCCCUCCGCACGAUUUCUCACCGACCACGAAAAGGCCCAAGCCAUUGAACGGCUCCGCGCCAACCAAACCGGUACCGGCUCGCGAGAAUUCAAAUGGAGUCAUAUCGGCGAAGCCGCACUCGAACCCAAAACCUAUCUCUGGCUCGGCAUGGCCUUACUUCUCAACGUCGGCGCCGCCGUAACCAACACCUUCGGCCCAUUGAUUCUCAAAGGCGUCGGAUUCGACAAAUACAAGACCUCUCUCCUCAACAUGCCCUUUGGCGCCAUGCAACUCAUCGCCAUCCUCAUCUCAUCCUAUGCGGCUCAACGCGCAAAACUCAAAUUCGCCGUCCUCGCCAUCCUCAUGCUACCCGUCAUCGCCGGGCUAGCCGCCCUGUACAAAAUCCCUCGCGGAUCUGACCACACCGCCCCACUCCUCGUCGCCUACUAUCUCCUCGCCUUCAUCUUCGGCGGCAACCCGAUCAUCGUGUCCUGGAUCGUCGGCAACACCGGCGGCAGCACGAAGAAAUCGGUCAUCAUGUCACUAUACAACGCUGGCUCAUCAGCCGGAAAUAUCAUCGGACCUUUGUUAUUCAGCAAGAAAGACGCACCAGCUUACUUGCCUGGAUUACAAAAGGUUCUGGCCAUUUUUGCCACCUUGGUGGCGGUUAUUUUGAUUCAAUUUGUGAAUUUAUUGUUUUUGAAUAAAAUGCAGGAGAAGAAGAGGGUCAAGAAUGGGAAAAUGGCAAAGAUCAAGGAUCAUUCCAUGCAGGAUAAAUAUGUGGCGAUGGAUGAGGGGGUUGAUGAGAAUGGGAACAGGUUGGGUGAUAAUGCGUUUUUGGAUCUCACGGAUCGGAAGAAUGAUGAGUUUACGUAUAUUUAUUGAGCUGAGAUGGGUUGAUGUGAGGAGGGACCUUGGAUGAUGGAUUUGGGAGUUUGUUGGCAUGUUGUCAUGUUGUCAUGAUGUUGGAUAAUGGUUUGGAGGCUCAAAUUGUUUAGCAUUUUGCUUCAAAGCUACAUAGUAUAU